CUCCUCCAUCGGUGGAGUCAGCGCCAGCAGCUGGGUGAUGAGCUCGCUGUCGGAGCUGGUGGAGAGGCCCACGCCGUGGCGCAUGACCUGCGGAACACGUUCACGAGCAAACGUGAAUUGUGUGAACUGGAUUUGAGCCCCGAAAGGAGAUCUGAACUGGUUUGGAGCAGGAAUGAGGAGCCGAGAGGAAGAAAAACCCACAACAACAAAAAGCAGAAAAGCUGCUUCUCUGCCGCUGAGCUCCCAGACACGGAGAGUCGCCUCCGCUGCAGCUCUCAGCCAAAUACCAAGCUGCUUCUCGGAUUACCGCUGGUCCCGCCCCCUCGGCACACAGCUUAAGCCAGUGGUGAGGCUGCUAUUCAGCAUGGAGGCGUUGCUUUCAGGCUUAGCCGCCUGGUUGCCUAGGGAACCGGGCGGCAGAGACAGAGGGGAUUGGGGAGAAGGAGAAGAGAAAAAAAAAUAAAAAAAAAGGAAAAAAUAAAAAGCGUUUCCAGGUCAGCUCAGAAACAUGGAGAGAGGAGCAAAGAGACAAAGAGGAGGUGAUAGUGCGGCGGCCGGGGGAAGAGGCUCGGCGGGGAGGCAGUGGGGGGAGGCGGAGGUGCUGGCUCUGGUGUCGGCGUGGGACGAGGCGGGAGCCUCAGCAGACAGCAGAGCCACGUACGAGUCGAUCUCAGAGCGGCUGAGGAGGCUCAGCGUGCUGCGCGGCUGGUGGGAGUGUCAGGCCAAGUGCAGGAGCCUGGGCCUCCAGAGCAGGAAGCCAGACCACGGAAAAGGAGCGGACGGGAGGAGGCCGCUGGAGGAGGAGGAGGACGAGGAGGAGGACGAGGAGGUGGAGGAUAUUCAAAGGGGGGGCUACACAACGCAGGAAGGUAUGAAGGGUCUGCUCCACCGGGCUCUCCCUUACGCCGCCGCCGUGGCCGAAGAGGGCGGCCGCCACUGGACGGACGACGAGGUGCGGGCGCUGCUGUGCGUCUGGGCGGACCGCCGCGUCCGCGAGCGCCUGAAGUGCACGCUGCGCAACAAGUCCAUCUUCCAGGAGAUGGCGCGGCAGAUGCAGAGGACCUUCGGGGUGGUGCGCAACUGGAAACAGUGUCGGACCAAGUACAAGAACUUGAAGUACGACUACAAGACCGCCAAGAGCGCUCACGGCGGGGCGAGCGCGAGCGCCGGGGGCCCCGGGAAGUACAUGAAGUUCUUCGACGAGGUGGAGGCCAUUCUGCUGGACCGGGGGCUGGAGAACGGGACCACGGAGAUGCAGAAGAGGCUCUACGACGGGGAAGCGGGGAGGCUGGAGACGCCGGCCUCGGAAAGCGAGGUCGUCAUCGAAAUCGACGACGACGACAACAGUGAUGACUGCGAUAUGGACGGAGACGGGGAAGCAAAAUGGAGGGGAACAGAGGCCCAUCUCACGCUCGCGGACCCCUCCGGCUCGGAGCAGUUCCACGUGGUCACGGUGUCGGACACGGGCCGGAACUGGAGCGACCAGGAGGUGCGGGCGCUGAUCCAGGUCUGGUCCGACGAGUGCGUGUGCCGGCAGCUGGAGAGCUCGACCAGGAAGCGGGACAUCUUCGUCCAGAUCUCCAACCGGCUGAUGCAGCAGGGCAUCGAACGCGACUGGAAGCAGUGCCACACCAAGUACAAGAACCUCAAGUACCUCUACCGGUCCCUGCAGCGGGGGAAGGGCGGCGACGAAGCCGCCGGCGCCGACCCGAGGCGCAUCAUGAGGUUCUACGACGAGGUGGACGCCGUCAUGAACCGCGCCGCCAACGGCUCGCCGUGCGACGCGGAGUCGGGGAGACUCACGAUGUCGGAGGAGAACGACCACGAUCGGAGGAACGCGGAGAGAUCGGUGGGCGGAGCCACAGUGGGCGGAGCCACGGUGGGCGGAGCCACGGUGGGCGGAGCCACAGUGGAGCGAACUUGUUUUCCCGAUUCCGUCUUUUCCAUGAGCCUCGACGUCACGCCCAACGACGGAGAGCCGAGGCCGCGCCCGGUCCUGGAGCUUCGCUUGGAGCGACAGCACAGAUCAACGAAGCGUUUGUCUGCAGGCUCGUCUGAACCUGCGGUGAAGAGAGAGGAAACCCACCCGGCGACCAGGAGAAUGAAGAGAGCUGCAGACCGAGACCUCACGCUCCAGACGCCCGCAAAAAAGAUGGACGCCGGCUUCAAAGAAGAGGAGCCGGACCACAUCCCGAUAAUGAGGAUCAAUUCAGUCCGAUCGAUCGCCUCGGCAACGCCGGCCCCGGAGAGAGAGGUAACUCCUAUUGAUCCCACAGGGAUUAAAAGAAGAACUACCCAAAGUACUCUGAAGGGAAAUAUCAAAAAGGAAAGACGUGAUGUCGUGAACUCACAUUAUAGAUCGUGUUCCUGCCUUUUAAAAGCCGAUCAAUCGGUUUGAGAAUUGAUCCACUAAUCGUUUUAAAUGUAGAAGGAAGAAAGAGAAAAGAAAAAAAAACAUCUCGCGCGCGAUAAUUUUAUGCUUUUCUUCAGUCGCGUACGAUAAUAAAUUUUGAAUUUGCCUUUUGGAUUAUCGGUUGAUAUAAAUGUAAUUUAAAAUCGAUAAUUAUUAAUUCAGCGGAAGAUUGACAAAUAAAAUAAAUGUUAUUUAAACUUAUUCCAUAUUCCACAUAUGUAUUUCUACACUGUGGUACUGCUCCUUUUAGCUUUUUUAAGUUAGUCAUAUUGUUGACUCCAUAAAUCAGAAAAUACUGUCAAGAGACAUGAAAAACAACAUUUCUCCAUGUUUUUAGUCCUAAAAUGUUGUAUAAAA